AUGGAUAUAACGUCCAUUCCCACAGACCUAUCCAGUUGUCCAAAAUUUGGAAACAAAUCCUGUCCUCCCACCAACCGCGCUUUGCACACCCGGCUGGUAAUGUAUUCUGUCAUGGCUACAGCCAUGAUGAUCACCAUCCUGGGGAACUUGGUGAUCAUAAUCUCCAUAGCUCAUUUCAAACAGCUGCACUCUCCCACAAACUUUCUGAUCCUCUCCAUGGCCACCACGGACUUCCUGCUGGGUUUGGUCAUUAUGCCGUACAACAUGGUGCGGUCCGUGGAGAGCUGCUGGCCUUUUGGAGAUGGCUUUUGCAAAUUCCACGCAAGCUUUGACAUGAUGCUAAGCCUCACCUCCAUUUUCCACCUCUGUUCCAUCGCAAUCGAUCGAUUUUACGCGGUGUGCCACCCUUUACACUACACCACCACCAUGACCACCUCCACGAUAAAGCGACUGCUGGCCUUUUGCUGGUCAGCGCCCGCUUGCUUCUCCUUCGGAUUAGUGCUGUCCGAGGCCAACGUGGCCGGCAUGCAGGGCUACGAGGUUCUCGUGGCGUGCUUCAAAUUCUGUGCACUUACCUUCAACAAGUUUUGGGGCACGGUAUUGUUCACUCCGUGUUUCUUCACUCCUGGCUCUAUCAUGGUGGGCAUUUAUGGCAAAAUCUUCAUCGUUUCCAAGCGACAUGCACGGGUCAUCAGCAACAUGCCUGAAAACACCAAGGGCGACAUGAGGAAAAACCUAUCCAAGAAAAAGGACCGGAAGGCCGCGAAGACACUGGGGAUCAUCAUGGGGGUGUUUUUAGCGUGCUGGCUGCCUUGCUUCCUUGCAGUUCUGAUUGACCCGUAUCUGGGCUACUCCACCCCCAUGGUGGUCCUUGAUGUUCUCGUGUGGCUCGGGUACUUCAACUCCACGUUCAAUCCCCUCAUUCAUGGGUUUUUUUAUCCUUGGUUUGGCAACGCUCUGAAGUACAUCGUGUCUGGGAGGAUAUUCCGCUCCCAUUCCGAAACUUCCAAUCUGUUCCCCGAGGCACAUUCAUGA